AUGCAUUUAAAACGAGCUUCCUAUAUCGAUCCUCAGUCCCAGCUGAUUUUGUCUUUGGCCAAUCAAGAUAUUCAGCGGUUUGUCGCUGCUUUGAAAGGCGGGGCCAGGGCUGAUCAGCAGAUCGGGCUUAUGAUGAACAUCUACGAGAAGGCGCUAUCCACUCCAGGUUGCCGGAGUUUUAUAAGGGCGUGCAUCGAUCACGGUUGUAAGGUCAACUAUUAUAAUACGCGUUUGAUGAAAACCGCAGUCAGCUUUGCCGCCGAUUCAAUAGACCCCGGAAAUCUCGAAGCGCUUCUUGCUUUCAGUCCCGAAGGAAAAUCUCAGGUGGACAUAAAGUAUGAAUACCUCACCCCACUUAACUCUCUGGCCGAUAAUCUCACGGAAGACAACGCUUCGGCGGUUUUAUCCUGCAUGCGAUUCUUGCUCGAAUGCGGUGCCUCUCCGAACAUCGUCGACUUACGAAAUUUAACGCCUUUGCAUAAAGUGCUUCGAAAAAAGGUUAAGGCAGAGAGGCUGGAGCUGGUCAAGCUCUUCCUCGCCCAGCCAGACAUAGAUAUCGAUAGCUUCCACUGGGGAAAUGUGCGACGUCUACUGAAGGCGGAGUUUCCGGAGCUGCGAUUGCCGGAAAACCGCAAAAGUAAGAUGGAGCUGGAUAUAAAAAGCCUUCUACUUACUCUAGAAGAUGGAGAUGAUGACCUGUUUGAGCAGCAAUUUGCCGUGUACAAGAGCAUGCCAGGCAAUCUACUGAAAACUGACGAUUGGGAGUACAUUAACCUACUGAAGGAUUGUAUUCGUUUGGGAAGGCAGAGGGCUCUUGAAACGAUCCUUUCUUCUGGCGUUAAUAUCAAUUAUCGGACGAUAACCGGCAACACAACUCUCUUUGGGGUGGCCUUACACUGGGGCAACUCUAUGGCCCUGAAAAUCCUUCUAGCGACGCUUAAAGUUGAGCUUGGUUCAAGCUCACUCUUACUACGCGUGGCGAUCGAUCGCCUAGACGAUAAACCCAUUAAUGGUUUUAAUCAUCAACGUUGUUUUUUGUAUCUAUUAAAAUCCGAUCUCGUGAGCAUCAACGAGACCUAUGAUGAUGAUCAAGGGCCGCUAGCAUAUGCGGUGAAAGUUCGGAACACAUUUGCUAUGAAGGAACUUCUAAAGCAUGGUGCCUACAUUGGGUCUCUGAAUAGGUAUGAAACCCUGCCCAUCAAAGACAUGCUGCCUGAGGUGCUCGAAGAGCACUUUGACUCCUGCAUCACCACGAAUGGAAAUAGUCGUGGUGAAAAGGAUUUCGGGAUCACCAUCGAAUACAAAAACCUAAUACCUGUCGGUGUUGAGGUGCAAGACGAAAUGUCCCCCAUCACCUUUAUCGCCCAGUCGGAGGAGAUGCGUCACCUGCUGCAGCACCCGGUAAUCUCGACCUUCCUCUUCCUAAAGUGGCGCCGCCUUUGCGUGGGUUUUUACCUAAAUUUUAUAUUAAGUACGGUCUUUACCUUCUUCAUUAUCAUCCACACGCUCCUUAGACUCUACGACAGCGAGUACACAGCUUUCUUCGCAGUUUGCAAAUACCUUUCCUAUGUGGGAAUAGGCUAUCUAUUUAUUCGGGAGGCUAUCCAGUUCAUGAUUUCUCGAUUUCGGUAUGUUAAGUCCAUAACAAACCUUUUGGAGUGCUCUCUUAUAGUAUUGUCGAUCCUGACCUGCAUUAAAUUCAAUGACAAGGAGACAGAGCGCACCGUAGCCGCUUAUACCAUUCUAUUGGUCAGCGUAGAUUUCUGCCUGUUGGUGGGGUCCUUGCCAGUGCUCUCCAUUUCGACGCACAUGCUUAUGUUACGCGAAGUCUCAAUGAACUUUCUUAAAAGUUUUUCCUUCUACUCGAUCUUUGUGAUCACUUUUAGUCUCUGUUUCUUUAUUAUUUUUGGAAAAUUGCCAGAGAAAAAGGAUAGACUAGCAGGUACCACGAUAUCUCCGGAGACCACUGAAAGUACAUCUUCGUUUUUGGAAGAAGAAAACAAACAGGACUUCGACUUCACCAACAUAUUCGUGGCCCUAAUCAAAACCAUUGUAAUGAUGACAGGCGAGCUUAAUGCCGGGGACAUAACCUUCACUAGUGUCUACUCGUACUUGUUCUUGGUGAUCUUUAUUAUGUUCAUAACGAUAGUGUUACUCAAUCUGUUGAACGGUCUGGCCGUGAACGAUACCCAGAAUAUUAAAAUGCAAGCCGAACUGAACGGUGAAAUUUGCCGUGUCAACCUGGUAAGUCGAUACGAACAGGUGCUAAACAGUGGUGGACGACCUGGGCUUUUCAAUAGCCAUCAAACAUUUCGGAAUAUCUGCCGACUGCUAAAAAUCUUUCCCAACUGCCUAACCCCACGCUAUAUUUGCAUUAAGCCGAAUGAUGACCGCAAGGUUUAUGCCUAUAUGCCCUGGAGCCACUAUACUAUUGUGGGAUCACGCUUAAUGAAAAAUUAUCAAGAGUUCCGGAACGGACGGUUAAGAUGGCCCUCGCCGUGA